AUGCGCAUACUUCCCCUCGACAUAAUACCUUUAAGCACGCGAAUUCCAUUGGCAGGUCCGCUCUCGGUUGUUGACGUGUCUUGCCCCGCCAUGUCCACUGAAGAUCUCGGCGGUCAUCUGCACGGUAGAUGGGAAGGCCAUGAUAACCGUAAAUGGAAGCUUAUGAAUUAUGCUUACGAAGCUCGAAUCAUCGAAGCGCAAGGGCCAUCUCGGGGCAUCGCAGCUACCCCUGGUCUGUGCAGGUCAAACCGCUGUCACACAUCACGAAUCCCAAGGACGGCUUCCCCGCAUUCCACGGCAGAGGGCACGUGGAGUAUGGAGGAUCCCGCUAUGACAGGAAAGAGAUGUAAUAGCUUGGAAAGAACUCCGCAGUUGAUAGAGGACAAUUUCGUGAUUCUCUGGUGUAUCGAGGCGCCAAAACAUUAG